AACACAUCCAAUGUUUCAAUAUAUCUUUCUGCUGUUCGUUCUAGUUCAAAUCGUUUUAUCUGACGAUAUUUAUAUUUACGGCCCUCCUCAAAACGGUAUCUAUCACCCAAAAGAUGUCAUGGACAUCAGAUAUGCAGUGCAUUCUAUGGGUAUGACAAGAAUUUGGUCUGCUUCUGCUAAAUUGACGAAUGUCGAAACAAACACAACAAUUGAAGGCUUUCCACUAACAAAUUGGACAGCAAGUAAUAACACUCAAAAUUUCUCUCAUGAUAUUUGGACAAUUCCCGUUGAUAUGCCAAAUGGAAAUUACUCCAUGUGUGUAAGCGGAAACACAACAUUUAUGUGUUCUAAAAACGGAAACGGUACUGCUCCUUUCGAGCAAUGCCAUUCAAAUAUCUAUAAAUAUACCACUUUUAUUAUCAACAAUGGCACACUUGAAGAAC